AUGUUAGCGGAACGCAUUCCCAUGGUCAGUCGUAUCAUCGCCGUGGUGCCGGCUACGAAAGCGGAUGAUGUGUGGGCUGCCGCUCUCUCGGCCCAGAGAGUAGAAGAGGGAGCCAUCGUGACGGCGGAUGCCUUAGUUGAAGCUCUGGGAGGACACACGAUAACCUUUCAGGAGAGGUACGCUACAGGAGAGUCCGCCGCAGCGUCAUUGGAGCAGCAAAUGGCAGCAGGACACAUUGUUAAUAGGGUUGUGCCCGACGCAAGCCAGGAGAUCCCAGCCGGGCAGUCCGCGAACGGGCCCCCAGCUAUAGGAUGCAGUGUCGGCGAUCCCCUCGCAGCGGAAGCAGAGAGCAUCGCACAUAGGAGGCCACGCAGGGCCGCCGCAGUGGUAGGGGAAGCGCGUUGGCAAGGAGACAUGGCAGGCGGAGAUGCAGUGCAAGGAGGUGAGAUCGCCUCAAGGGGAGGCGGCGGGGGAAAAGCGAAGGGGAGGCGCAAGGUCUCUAAGAAAGCGGCAGGGAAUAAGAAAGCCAAAAGUGCAAGGCAAUGGACUUUGGAAGGGGCCAAGGUGGUUGGAUCCAGCCAGAUCAAAAGCAUGUGGCGGAACAUAGCUGCUGCAGCGAGGAGGAGCGAGAGGAAGAGGGCGGAGAGGGCAGGAGUAGUGAUGCCAGAGCCGGAGGUGCCCGUAGCUGUCGCCGCAAUGGAACUACUGGCGUUCGAGCAAUCCGUCCUGGAUUAUUGUAGGGUCCAUCCGCAGGCCGAUCUGUUCGCUAGGUCCUGGAUCGAAGUAUUGGUAAGCCUCACGGGGUAUCGUUGGGAGCCCAAAGAAGCACAGCCUGGGCUUAGUGUGGACCGCGGAGUACAGACAGUCCUGAGGGCGUGGAAGACCCUGAUGGACAAGACGCAUACAACGGAGGAUGCGGGUGGACCAUUGACCACCCCCGAGGCAAUCAAAACGCGAUUGGAGCAGCUCUUUGGUGCAACCCGAGUCGACCAAGCAGGUAGCGCGGCAGUCAUAGAAGCGCUGCUCCUUCGGGUAGGUGGACAUCUCUUCAACCUUCGCCACGGCUUAUACUCGGCAGGAAGGAAUAGUAGACCUAGAACAGAGGGUGUAGCCUUGGCACAGUUGAUUGCAAGUGCCGGAACCUGGACAGUUCUGGUGGUCCUUGGUGCAUCUGGAGUCAAAUUGGCAGCCCUCUUAAACCAGGGAUGCAGGGCAGGCCUCCCAUCCGACUUUCUUGCCGGGCAAAUGCCGCACGUGAAGGGACUACUAGAACUAAGUAGUCUUAGUGAGGUCGCUAGGAGAUUUCAACAGCUUCAUCUCUUACGGAAGCACGUUCUGUACCCUCUUCUGUUUUGCCUGGGUCGCAUCCUUCCUUCAUCGGUGAACAUUCACAAGGGAGCAGCAUAUGUUUCAUUUGAACACUGUCUGUACGCACUUUGCCAGGACCGGAAAACCUACAAUCACCUGUUCGACCCGGAGUCGGAUCCACGACGCCACCCAGCAUGGGAGCAGGGAGUCAAAGUGAGGAAGCAGAAGCAGACGGCGGAGUAUACUUGCCCUUUCGAGCGGUUAGCAGUAAAGCAGGGGGACCGUCAUCAGCAAGUGCCACACUUCCGCACAUCGAAGGACUACUACAAAUCAGCCCAAGGUGACAAGGAGUUUGCAAUGGGUGUCAUGGUGUCGCAGGAUGUGCCAAACAUAGGGACUGGCGCGGUAAAUUGUCGCACUUUGCCCGAGGAGCUAUAUCGUUCGGACGCCAUGCUUAGACACGACAUCAUGACGCAAAUCCUGAGACUUCGGUGA